CUGUGGAAUAUUGUUGUCUGUGAACAUAUUCAUUUCUGGUCUCAUCUCCAUCCACCCCUUUUCUUUCGCAGCCCUAAAAUUUCUCUCUCUAAAUUUCGCCCUCGAUCUUCUCCGAUCAUCCCUCGCUACCAUGGCCAAUUCAGCAUCUGGAAUUGCUGUGCAUGACGAGUGCAAGCUGAAGUUUAUGGAGUUGAAAACCAAGCGAUCACACCGUUUCAUAGUUUUCAAGAUCGAAGAGAAGCAGGUUAUCGUGGAGAAGCUUGGAGAACCAGACAAAACUUAUGAUGACUUUACUGGACACCUUCCUGCUGACGAGUGCAGAUAUGCAAUUUAUGACUUUGACUAUUUCACCGAAGAGAAUGUCCCAAAGAGCAGGAUAUUCUUCAUCGCCUGGUCCCCCGACACUGCAAAAGUUAGGAGCAAGAUGAUCUACGCGAGCUCAAAGGACAGGUUCAAGAGGGAGCUAGAUGGGAUCCAGAUUGAGCUGCAAGCAACUGACCCAACUGAGAUGGGUCUGGAUGUCUUCAAAAGCCGCGCAAAUUAAAGGCUUCUAGAGUAGCAGUGGAGUAUGAUACUAGCUCUAUGCUUUGCUCUACAGAAUGUUAAUAGUUUGUGGAACUAUGGUGCUGGCUAAAGCUAUAAUACCUUUCCUGGUCGAAGCUUAUAUUCUGUUAGCCAUGUCUUUAUCUAGAAGAAGCUGUGAUUUUUGAUCUGUUUUUCUGUGUGGAGUUUAUUUCUGGAUUUCGUGGGAUGGAUGACAUCUAUUGGAUUGGUUUUCUGCAUUUCAGAAGGAAAAAAAGUAUUUGUCCGAGUUUUUCUUGUAACAACUCUCGGUUUAUGUUGCCAUGAGUGUAAAGUUAUCAAACACUUGGUAACAGACUGAGUAUUCUUGGUUUGGGGUUAUUGAUUUCGGUUCAGGUUA